AUGUCUCAGCAGUCAAAUUCUCCUCACCCCCUAGGCAGUCGAGGUCUGGGCGAUUUGCCUGUCGAGAUAUUUUUAUGCAUUGCAAAGUCGUUGUCUUUCCGGGACCAAUCCAAGCUACAUCAGACCUGCAAGUCUAUAUACUCGCUACUCGGGAACGGUAUCAUAGAGGAGAGGGCUCGUCUUAUUGUCCACGCCCUGCCUCCCAAGCAAGAAUACGAACAACUUCGCUGGCAAUGGGAUGAACCUGAUGCUAUUGCUGGAAGGCACAUACCGACACAUUCCAUCUGGAAUGAUCCCCCAGAGUUUUUGGAUAGACCACGGGAAAUUGAGAGCUUUGCUUGCGCUAUUGUGCGUGGAGAUAUCGAGACCGUGCAGGAUUACUUGUGCGCAGGCGUCAACCCUAACACAUAA